UUCUAUUUUAACGGAACAUGGCCUAACCCCUACCGAGAGCAAGGGAGUGUAUUUUUUUCUCCUUUUACCCCCCUUAUCUACUCGAAGGGUGUUUGUUAUUUCAGACUGAGGAUAACGGCAAUGGCUGUGCACUGUUGUUCUUCCUCUUUCUUAAUGUUCACUUCUCCUUCACCAAAAUCCUUGUGCUCUUCCUCUAACAAAACCCCAUUUCUUGGGUCCUCCACGGUAGCCUUAUCGAGGCCGUCGUUUCAAUCAUUACCACUUUCCAGAAUCAAUCGGACGACCCGAAUUCGCUGCCAAGACAAAGCUGCCUAUGCUCCUCUUGAUCAGCGUUGGAUGUUCGAAGAAUCUGAAAUUGAUGGCCCUGAUAUUUGGAACAAGACAUGGUAUCCCAAAGCUGCCGACCAUGUGAACACUGACAAACCUUGGUAUAUUGUUGAUGCCACUGACAAAAUUCUUGGAAGAUUGGCAUCAACUAUAGCGAUAUAUAUGAGAGGGAAGAAUCUGGCCACAUACACUCCAAGUGUUGACAUGGGUGCAUUUGUCAUAGUGGUUAAUGCUGAGAAGGUUGCUCUAUCUGGGAAGAAAAGGACCCAAAAACUUUAUAGGAGGCACUCCGGAAGACCUGGUGGAAUGAAAGUGGAGACUUUUGAUCAACUGCAACAGAGAAUUCCUGAAAGAAUCAUUGAACAUGCUGUUCGUGGCAUGCUUCCGAAAGGGAGGCUUGGCAGACAACUCUUUACCCAUCUUAAGGUGUAUAAAGGUCCUGAGCAUCCUCAUGAGGCACAGAAACCUGUUGAAUUGCCCAUCAGAGAUAAGAGGAUACAGAAGCAACGGUGAACUCCAACCGAUGCCACAGAGGGUAGUUCUCACUUUUGGCUGUUGAUAUUCCUCUAAGUCGUCGUUUCUGGUUAACUGGUGUAACUUCGUAUUUCAACUUCGAUAUUGUACCUGGUCUCCUGCCAAUCUUCUUUAUGCUUUUGUAGAGGUUUUUCAUUACAAAUUUAUUUGCCUCCACCUUUCUUUAAGCUAUUGAUGUUCUGUAGGUUUCAGUUGUAAUGAAUGUUUCUUCACCUUUGCUUAAUGAUGCAUAGUGGAUUUUAAUGA